AUGAUUUGUACACAGCGGAAUGGCGUUUCAAACAACACGGACCUCAUACGCGCGGUCGCAGACACGGGGCGGAUAGCGAUUUCGAAGGGAAUCUCUGGGACCAGAUAUACGAGGUCAAUAUCUGCUUCAUUCCAAGAUAGUACGAUCUGUGACGAGCCAAUGCCCAAGCCUGGCCUGUACGACCCCCAUUUUUCGUUUUGGAGAAUCUCUUCCUUGCUUGAGGAGCUUGGCCUGCUCCUAGCUUAUACGCCAGUACCAUACUGCACGGCGCCUCCUCCAACAUACCAUGAUGCUCUGAGGGAUGCCCCGCCUGAGUACGUCGUGGAGAGUGUCUCGCAUUUACAGCGGGAGGCCAAACCCUUUACCCCUUCUUCCGCUUUAGAAUCCAGCCCACCAAAGUCGCCAUCGAUUUUUUCCAAGGCAACCGCGGGAUUGAUAGAUUGGAAUGAUUCUUCUCGCUUCAAAGUUUGUAAAGCUGGUAAUUCUGACAACCAGAACAACGGGGAUGAUGAUCCACCACCAGAGGAAAACGAGCCAAAUGAUGGAGGAGAUACCGGCGCCGGUGCCGGCGGGGAUGGUGGUAACGGAGGUGGUGGCAAUGGAGAUGGCGAUGGAGGUGGAGAUGACGAUGACUGGAAUAUGAGCAGUGGUAAAAAGAAGAAGGGAAAGAAGAAGACGAGAGCCGAAGAGGAGAAGGAAGAGGAAGAAAAGAAGCGGAAAGAGGAGGAAGAGGAACAAAAAAGAAAAGAGCAGGAAGAGGAAGAGCAAAAAGCCAAAGACCAAGCAUCGGCCGCGCAGACAAGCGGCGAUCUCAGUUGGGCCGAUGCAGACGGUACAACCCAAGAUGAUGGGUGGGCUGAAUUUACAAUCCCAAAGAAAAAGAAGGGAAAGAAAGGAAAGGCUUUGGAUCCAGCGCCCCCUGCGGUCGACAAAACACAGUCAAAUUCCUUUCAGGACAUUAGCCUGAGUGAUUCCGCGCCUCAGAUUGGUAUCUCCUUCGGCGAGCAGUCCGGAAACAGCCUGGGACUUGGUGGAUGGGGUAAAAGCUGGGGUACGGGGGGCAAUUUUGGUGCUGGAAACGCGGCAUUAGAUCUUAAAGGAAAUGAAAAAGAAGAAUCUGGUGCCACUAACCCCUGGUCUACUAAGAAGUUCGCAAAGGCCAACUCCUUUGACAUCGACUUCGGAGCCAUGGAGACUGAAGCCACUACUGAACCACCAGCAAACGGUGAUGCUUUUGGAAAUGACAAUCCCACGGACAACUUCUCCUGGACUACUCCGGCAGUCAGCAAAAAGAGCAAGAAGAAAAAGAAGGGCGCUUUUGCCGACAUGACGAUGGAGGAAGAGAAACUUCCAGAAGCGGAUAAGGUGGACAUUGCCUUGGAUGAUUUCAAUUCAAUCCCAACAGACCAGGGCAACCAAAAGGAAAUCGAUGCUGCAGCGGACGGGGAUGAUUGGAACGACUGGGCUACAUCUACCAAGAGUAAGAAAAAGAACGGGAAGGCUGCGGAUAAGGCAAAGCCUGAACCACCAGCAGCUGAACCAGAACCGCCAGUAGAUGAUAUGCGGUCAUCGAUUCCGGCCAAAAAGGGCAAAAAUAAAAAGCAGGUGACAAUUGCCGAAGAAAUCCCAGUCGAUCCGGUUGAGACCUACCUAGAAACCAAAGUUGAAACAAAUACGGAGCGUGGAGAUGAUUUUUGGGAGACAUCCGGUACCAAAAAGUCAAAGAAAAAGAAGGAUAAAGCCAUGCUCGAGGAGACCUCCCCGAUCCCUGACAUAUCGGAGACAGCUCCAGAACCAGAGUCUGUCGACGAUAUUGUUGCUUGGCCUACGACCACCGGCAAGAAAGAUAAGAAGAAAAAAGCCAAAGAGGCCAUCACCGUGGAUGAAGUCCCACCUCCACCCCCGGAGCCUACCAUUGAAAAAGAGCCUGUUGAUGAUUGGUCUAGUUGGGGAAUGGCUACUAACAAGAAGGGCAAGAAGAAGAAGGGAAAAGGUCCUCUUGAACCAGUGCCUCUCCCUCAAGAGCCAGAUUUGGAGCCCGAGCCAGAGCCAGAGGCAGAGCUUAAACUGGAGCAAGAUCCACCAACGCCUGAAGUUGACCCUCAGGCCGCGUUUGACGCUUCGCCAGAAGGCGAUUGGCCCAGCUGGGGUACAACCACGAAAGCGAAAAAGGGCAAAAAGGGCAAGGGUCCUAUAGAGCCCGAGCCGGUAAUAGAUGUUGUGCCUGCGCCUGAAACGGAAUCACCGUCCGUCGACGAUUGGACCAGCACUACGACAAGUAAAAAGAAGAAGGGGAAAAAGGGAAAGGAGCCAAAUGAGGAUUCCCUACAGGCGAAAAAGGAGCCUGAAAUGGAAACCAUCCUCGAGCCCGAGCCUGAACCCCAAUCUCAGCCAGCCGAUGAUUGGGCAAGUUGGGAUACUUCAAACACUAAGAAGAAAAAAGGGAAAAAGGGCAAAGAAACAACAGUGCCUAUGCCGCUCCGUACUGAACCAGAACCAGAACCAGAACCAGAACCAGAACCAGAACCAGAGCUUGAACCCGAGCCUGAACUUGAACCUGAACCUGAACCUACGCCUGCCGUGGAACCUGUACAAGAUCCCGAGGAACCAACUGGAAAAAAGAAGAAAGGGAAAAAAGGGAAAGCGGUGUGGGAAGAACCCGUCCAAAAAGAAUAUCAAACUGAGCCUGUGGCUGAACCCAACACGGAACUAAUCGAUGAGUGGAGUGCAAGCACGAAGAAGAGCAAGAAGAAAAAGGGAAAAGCAGUGGUCGAAGAGCCUCCCCCAUCACCACCUUCGCCAGUCCCUGAAGUAAAAGAGCCAGACGUCGCACCCGCAGACGAUUGGACAGACUUCAUCAGCGACAAGAAAAAGAAGAAAAAGGGGGGGCUGGGUUACACGGCUGGGGAAUCUGAGGGCGUUCUUGGAGACCUCUUGGGAGAGGAAGGUCUACCCCUCAGUAAAAAGGAAAAGGCCAAAGCUCGGAAAGGCGCUACUCAGAGCUAUGACUUCGGAAGCUUCCCUGAAGCGGCAGAAACCAUUACAGCUGGAGAGGAGCUAUCGAAAAUCGACACCAAAUCCGAAGCUCCGCAUGAAGACCCGUCGGGGGACAUAUUGGGAGGAAGCGCGAAAAAGAAAGAUAAGAAGAAAAAGAAGAAAGGAGACCCGGACCCAGUGGCUGACGAGGAGGCAAACGGUAAUCUCCCAGGCUUAGAAGAACAGACAAACGAUCUCAAAGAUUCGCUUCCUCAAAAAUCCGAUGAUCCAGCGACAGUCUCGACUGACGCUUGGGCGUUCUGGGGCUCAACGAAAAAAGGGAAAACCAAGUCCACGAAGGCGAAUAAUCCUGACGUCGAUGUGCUGGCGUUCGAGACCACAGGCUCGCUUGAAGAACCAACUUUAAGUACCUGGGCUCAAGACUGGGGCCUUUCUUCAAAAGAGAAACAGAAGAAAGAUACGCUCAAGGAAGGGAAGGAUCAAGGCAUGGACAAGGAGUUAACAAGCCCAGUUUCCACUGACUUGGUCCCAAGAGCCGUUGAGGACGGCGCAUGGCAUGUUUGGGAUGUUCCCAAGGGCACGAAGAAGAAGAAGAAAGGCGAAGAUGAGGGUGGGCUUCCCCCUCCGGCUCCUACCCCUCCAGCUCAGGGACUCACCCCGGAGCCACCAGUUAUUCCGAAUUUCGAGGAUACGGGAAGCACUACGUGGAAUUCAUUCAGUGGUUUCGGGGGGAAGGGCUUGAAGAAAGGGAGUCUUUCUCGGACGACCACGUCGGCCACCAAAGCAUCCAAGAUUAUCGAGAACAGCAAAUUAAGCAAGACUAAAACUCGAGGGUUGGAGGUUGUCGACGUUACUGAUGAGCCUGGGACGAACCCUGUUGUCGAUACAAAAGCUACCAAGCCGACCGACAUCUGGGGGGUUUCUGCAAGCGCCGGCAAAUCGAAGCUAAACAAGUCGAAGAAAGAGACAGCAGACACUGCUGAUCCCAAAGCCGAGACGAACGAUAUAUCAGGAGCAGCCGCUGACGAUGCCCCGACCAAGACUAAGAGCAAAGGCAAGCUCACCAAAAGCAGCAGAACCAGUGCCAAGACCGCCGACGAACUGCUCGUCGACGUCAGCGUGGACAGCCCGGAAGCGGCUAGUGCCGAGGCCGCUGACAAAGCGCCAGCGCCACCAAAGGCCGCGGCGACGUCGCCAUCGACCCUUCGACUGACAGGCAAGUCGUCUGUGGCAGAGAGAAUCAGGAUCCUAGAGCAGAAUAAGAGGUUGCAGAGAGAGGCCGCUGCUGCGAAAGAGAGAGAAAAGGCGCAGGCGGAAGAGAACCGCGACCCUGAACCCGCCCCUGCAGCCGCCCCGCCCGCCGACGAACCACUGGAACCCCCGUCCCAGGAGCCACCCGUUCCAUCAAAAAGGGGGAACCCAUCAUCAAAAACCACUUCCACGCUCCUGAGGUCGAAAAAGAAAACAAAAGAUGCGCCUAUCGUUGAAAUACCAGUAACCGAAACUCCGCGCGAUUGGGUUCCAGGCAGCUUCCCCAGUGUCGACGAUGACUUGAUCGAUGUUCCAACCCCCAACCCCAUUGCCCCAGAGCCCCAAGCAACGGAAUUUUUAGAGAAGGCUACAAGGGAUAAGAAGCGUACCACGACAAAGAAGAAGCCGGACUCUGCCAUGGCUUCCCCUCCUCCGACGCCUGGAGACGAAGCUGAAGCUCCUCCUGCCACCCCUGCCCCUAAGCCUGCAAGAAAGGAGCGCGCUAGAGUGGAGCGCACGGCUGGGGUAGCAUCUUGGGGUUUCUGGGGUGCUACUCCCAGAAAAUCUCCGAAAAAGGAGACCAAAACCGCUGGAGACGGCGAAGCAUCCGCGCCUGCAAAGAGAGAAAAGGAUAAAUCUGCGCCUACACUAAAGCGAUCGACAUCGUCAGCAACGAGACGAGAAAAGGCAACUAGCCCAGAAAAAAGCCCUGAGAAAUCAUCCACUUCCGACAAAGAAAAAGAGAAACAUACUGCUACUCGACCUCGGCAAAGCAGGGGACUAGGAUUUUCUGGUUUUAUCCUUGGAGGCCCUCCCCCAACAAGAACAAAGUCUUCUAAGCGUAACGGCAAUGCAUCUUCCCGUCCCACAUCGCGGCGCCAUUCCGUGGACAUGGACGACGCUGGUUUUCCGUCUCCGUCAGAAGAUAAGCCGGAAAUUUCAAGCAAAGCUGCAAAAGUGAUGGGCAUCGGCGAUUCCAAACGCUCAAAGCGGAAUUCAAAGGGUAAAAAGAAAGCGCCAGUGGCGCCUGAUCCUUAUGCGAUCGAUGACGAUGACAUCGUAAUGGUGAAUGGAGUGGAGGACACAGCAACACCCAGCCCACCCAAAGAAUCCCGCAGCAAGCGCAAAUCGAAGAGAGAGUCGAAAGCGAAACCUACAGACAUCCCAGACGAUAUAGUCAUGGUAGAGCGUGGCUCGUCCGGAAAUGGCGCCGAAGUGGUUUCUGGUCCAGAUGACAUUGCCUUUGUUGAGUCCCCGCACCGGUCGUCUUUACGUCGGUCCAACACUUUACCCAAGAAGUCCGAAGGUAUCAUGGGCCUCUUCGGCUCUUUCCGAAAGCAUAACGGCCGUACGGCUGAUACACGAGAGCGAAGCAAAUCAAAGUCCCGUUAUAAUGACGAUGAUAGGAGGCAUACCGAUAUCGAAAGGGAGGAUUCGAAACGCGUGAAACGGGAAGAGAGGAAGAAACGAUCUCCCAAAGUGGAUGAUGGCGAGGAAUUUGUGACAGAUGGAAUGCAUACAGGCGCGGUGAACACUGACGCUGAAGAUGCUGAAGCUCGGAAAGCUGAGCGAAGGGCAAGGCGAGCGGCUAAAUUAGCGGAACAAGAGGCGCGCGAAGCUGAGCACAGGCGUGCUAGCAAAAAGGAAGCUGAUAGACACAGGGUACGUGAGGCACGUGAUAAACGCGCGAGAGAGGAGGAAGAACGAGAAGAUAAGCGUCGUAAAGAAAAGAAAGCUCGACGGAACUCGCGGAUUAUCCAAGAAGAAUACCCAAAGGAGCGGGAAGACUUACAACAUGCAGACUCGCGCCCGCCUCAACGCCCCAGGCAUCGAGCCACUGACGCCGACUUGGUUGACGAACCCCAUCAAGGCGGUAAAUCCCACCGCCGCCGAUCGUAUUUCGGGGAGAAGCAUAGGGACGCAAACGGUCCCGAUGAAUAUCCAACAGACACACACCACCAUCGGCGUCAUCAUCGGUCCGAUGACGAUGGCACAAAGCCCAAGCAGCGAAAGUCUGUAUCUCGAGGUGAUGGUCGUCAUGCAUCUCGCAAAUCACGUUCUUCUCGCCAGCCGCCUGACCUUCCCUAUCCUGUUAUGGUGAGCGGCGGGAAAGAUAAAACCUCCUCCUGGGUGCACUCUCAGUUUACGGAUCCUCCUGAAGCACCACCGAUAGUCCCCACAGUUAUCGAUCUUCCUGGGCCCCCUGCAGGCCCCAGUCAUUCACUAUCUUCGGACGAGGAGACUCGUCGGGCAAUACAUCGCCGUUCACGACGCCAGUCGAAGUAUGAUGAUCAAUAUCCUCCCGAAAAGGAAAGGCGCUCUAGACAUCGCGAAUCUCGCCGGGCAGAAAGGGAAACGAUGAGGAGCAGCGAUGAUAGCGCGGGCGCAGACCGCUAUAUGGAUUACCGCUACGAACCUGAUGGCCGCUAUGCUCACGUCAAUGGCCAGGCGAAGAAGACCAGUUGGUUUAAGAAGUUUACGGGAUUCUAA